UAUCAUCACAAACAACCAACAUAACCACUCUUUUUUCUCAACUCCUAUGUCAAUGGCAAUCUUAGCUUCACUUCCAAACCACAACCCCUUCUCCUCCCUUCCAACCACCUCAACUCCUCCCUCUUCAAAACCAUCUCCUUCUUUCUCUCCUCCAAUCCCCAUCCCCAAAUACCCACCUAAACCUAAAAAAACCCUAAAUCCCCAAAUCCCUAAAACCCCUUCAAAACCCAACAAUCAUCACCCUGCAUUCACCAAAAUCCCCCAUAACAAAACCAAAUACUUCAAACCCAUUUCUUCUUCAUCUCCUCAAACCAUUUCUCCUCCUUUACCCGACCCGGAAACCCAAGUAGAUGAUCGUGCUGUUGUAAUUGGAGAAUCUGGGGUUUCUUAUCUUCUUCCUGGAGCUCCAUUUGAGUUCAAAUUUAGCUAUUCUGAGACACCAAAGGCUAAACCUUUAGCAAUAAGGGAACCCCCAUUUUUGCCUUUUGCUCCUCCCUCAAUGCCAAGGCCUUGGACUGGAAAAGCUCCAUUAAAAGGGAAAGCUGAAAAAAUGAUGAAAAAGAAGAUUCCUCUGUUUGAUUCUUUUAAUCCUCCUCCUCCUGGGAUGAAGGGGGUUAAAAGGGUUGAUAUGCCUGGACCUUUUAAGCUUGGAGAUUUUCCUAAAGAUGGAAGAACUAGAGAGGAAAUUCUUGGUGAACCCUUGUCAAGAGCUGAGAUUAAAGCACUAAUUAAGCCUCUAAUUUCUGAUAAUAGACAGAUUAAUCUUGGAAGGGAUGGGUUGACACACAAUAUGUUGGAGUUGAUACAAUCACAUUGGAAGAGAAGAAGAGUCUGCAAAGUUAAGUGCAAGGGUGUUCCAACUGUUGACAUGGAUAAUGUUUGCAAGUGUCUCGAGGAGAGAACAGGAGGUAAGAUUAUCCAUCGUGCUGGUGGUGUAGUUUACCUAUUCCGUGGUCGAAAUUACAAGUACAAUACUCGCCCACAAUAUCCCAUAAUGCUUUGGAAGCCAGCUGCACCAGUUUAUCCAAAGCUCAUUCAAGAUGCCCCGGAAGGCUUGACGAAGCAAGAAGCUGAUGAGUUAAGACAAAAAGGGGAAAACCUUCUGCCAAUUUGUAAAUUAGCAAAAAACGGAGUUUAUGAUAACCUUGUAAAUGAAGUGAGGCAAGCUUUUGAAGGAAGUAAUCUCGUGAAGGUUGAUUGCCGAGGACUAAACCCCAGUGACUACAAGAAGAUUGGGGCGAAACUAAUGGAAUUGGUUCCUUGUGUACUGCUUUCCUUCGAUGAUGAGCAGAUACUGAUGUGGAGAGGACACGACUGGAAAUCUAUGUACCCAGACACUCCUACAGCCUUGAUGAUCUCCUCUGAUGAUUCGGGUACGCAUUGCAAAUCAAUUAAACCCAAGACAGUAAGUUCAAGCCCAAGAAUGAUGUCUCUAUGGAAUCGCGCAAUCGAGUCUAAUAAGGCGAUGUUACUAGACGAUACUGAUCUUGGUCCAGAUGCGCUUCUUGAAAGGGUGGAAGAAUUCGAGAGGAUAACUCAAGCUACUGUGCAUUCGUAUCCUGCAUUAGUGCAUUCCGGUGAAGAUAUAAUGUCAAAUUCGGAAACAGCGGACGGGGUCCUCGAAGAUGAUGAAGAUUUUAGUGAUCAAUUUGCUGAUGAAGAUGAUUUUGAAGAAAGUGGGGAUGAUGACUUGUUUGAGACGGUCGAAUCACCUGGCCCUCUAGGGUCAUUACCAGUUGAUGUUAUUGUAAAACGCCUGCACAAACACGAUGAAUAACAUACUCGGGAAUCUAAAGAUUCACAUCAAUUUUACUAUUUUCACGAGUUUGAAAAUGACAAGGUUUAGGUAGUUCUUGUAGAUCCCUAAACUUCGUGUUCUCGUAUCUCUAUUCCAUGGAUUCGUCUUUCUGUAUAAGUGGUUGUAAAAACCACUCUUGUGUACAUAUAAAUGACAAACGUUUACUGUGGCUAAUUAAUGGAAAUAACUAAUUCUUCUUG